AACCUUGCAUCACAAGUUUAAUUUACGAAAAUAUCUUGAAAUGUCUCCGAGACUCAGUAUCUAGUGCCUGUUGCUAUGUUAAGCAUGGCAUCCACUUCAUCAGAGACCGAGGUUUACAUUACACCGCCAACAACUCCGUCACAAACGACAUGUCAAUUCCCUGGUCGCCUUUUGGUGCAACCCAGCUUCCUCGAUCUUGAAUUCGAUGAGAGUCGCUUUUCACUACCAAAUAAAGCCAGGGGUAUCUGCUGCUCAGCCAAGAACGUCUGGUAUUCCAAUUAUCAUUGGCCGGAGCAGUCUCAGUAUAAGCAUCUCUUCGAACAAGCCUCGGAAACAUGGGAGAAGCUUGCACCUGAGUUUAGCAGGAUAUGGAAUGCGGUUUGGAGGAGGUCCCUUGCAACAACACCAUGGACCGUUGAGCUACGGCUUGCUGGUGUCCACCAGCCCGACGAACAACGAGUUAUUAUGAGGCCGAGCGUUUGGAUCAGAAGCACGGAUGAGGCUAUUCGCAGUGGCACUGUUUGGAAGAGGCUACAAAAGGAGGUUCGCAAACUAGGCCUCGACUCGGCCCAGUAUGCGUCAAUAUUCGCUGAAGGUGGUUUAAAGUCAGCAAAUGGUCCAGCCUCUGUCCCGUUGGAACAGUUGAAUUUGCGAAAAGGAAUCGAGUUCUCAUAUGGCGCAACCUUACAUACCCACGUCACCUGGUGGGCCGUCAGUGGACCUUAUGAAUGUGGCGAGGUCUGCUUGACUACGAUUGUAAAAAAUGGACGGAUAGUUUAUCAGGAGGCAUCACGCAUCGGAGGCGUAUUGGUCAUCAAUGCCUCACUCGAGGCAGGGGUUACCUCAGGGCACACCAUGCUUCUUUACUACUUGGAAAACAUCGAUAAAGUGACUCUGGAGAGGAGAAAUGAUCUGAAAGGCACUACGCAAAGUAGUUAUAGUCAUAGUUCGGACUCGGAAGAUGACGAACAAGACAGUAGCGAUGACUGCAAGCUCGUUGAAAGCGACACCAACAGUCCAGACCCCAUUCAUGAUCUCGGUUAUAUCGAUCUUGAAAAGGUCGAUACUUGGGUUCCAGUGAACCUAUCAGGGAUUAUUAACUUCAUCAGACAAGCCGAGGUCGACCUCUCGCGCAACACCCCAUAUGUGAAACUCACAAGUCCUUCAACUGGCCCGAUACCUGCAGACUUUGCCCUUGUGUCUCGAAUAGAAUUCGAUUUAUUUUUAGGCAGGGACGACAACACCUACAAUUUCAAUGGACAAAAGAACGUAUCCAGCAUCUGCCCUGACUCUUGGCUAACGAAGAACGAGCAAGAAAUACUCGUCUUGCUGGGUAAUGGAACCGAAGCCUCGGCCGGCUUCCUUCAACCAGCGAAAAUACCCUUCUCUAUUGGGAGCACAACCAUUUGGGCACGGAAGAUCCGCUUGACUGCCCCUUUAGGUCGCGGUACAUCAGGCUCUUGGGUUGUUCUACGUGACUCGGGAAGAUUAUGCGGCUCAAUCAUAGCUGUCUUCGAACGCGAGCCAUGUGCACUUAUGAUGACCGCGCAGACUCUUCUCUCCGACAUUAUAAAAUAUUCCCGGGAUGUAUCACUCAUCACAAUAGGAUCCUGCAAACUGGACCUGAAAGAUGAAAGUCAAGCCUUGGUGUUCAACGAUCUUGGUCAUGAAGUGGGGAUAAGGUCCGUCACUCAGAAUACUCAUAUUCCACUCACCGAAGUGAAGUCCAGGAGGGCAAUGGAGAAGUCCAUAGCAGCGCCUGAAGAGCCUCAGGUGUUGCCCCAAACCAUAUCUCUUGAUCCAACAACUACAACUCCCAGCCCCAGACAACCGCAUAUAGCUAACUACUGUUCUUCACUUGGUAAUAACCAAGGAAGCGUUAGUGAUAUGGGGCAAUCAGAGCAUUCGUCGCCACCACAGGCCCAGAAUCUGUCACGUACCCGUAUGAAUAUGUGGUCACCUGAUAAUGUCAUUGCUCGAAUCUCCGCCAAGGUCAUCAGUGGGACGAACUUCAAUUUCACCACUAUAAUGACUCUGGAGUCCGAGAUAUCAGAGACACAACCGUCAGCGGGCCUUUUACGAUUUCCAGAUACCUCUCGUGCCGACUCGGCUCUUAUGGGAUGCGGUUCUGUAUUUGACCAAUUUAUGCCUAGCCGCAGGAUAGACUUCAGCCUUGGAUGAACUGGAUUGAGUCUUGCCAGCAGAUAGAAAAGAACUUGAAAGCGAACUCAAAUUCUAAUCUAGCGUUAGUUGAUUUACUAUAAAGUCAAUUGGGAUAAUGUCUCGAUCACGGAUUAAAGAUUUAUGUUUAGGAGUUGAUAUUAUCCUCUAAUUGUAUAUAUUCUCUCUGUCAGUAGACUGCUUGAUUAGCUGCAUUGAAUCUAUAGUAUUUCAGGUCCACUUCCGCU